UUAUAUUAUUUUGAUAGAUUCCAGUUAUUUCAAAUCUUCCAGUGGGUUUAAAUCUACAAGAUCAUAUCUUCCCAUUAGGAUUAAACUUUUUAAUUGACGAACCGAUUUCAGCUGUUCUUCUACGAUUUUACAAUCCGAAGACGAUUUUACAAUAUUGGUUUGCAGGCAAAGGAAUGUGGACUCGUGCAAAUGGAAUAGAAGGCAUUGGAUUUAUAAAUACUAAGUACGCUACACCAUUAGAUGAUUAUCCUGAUAUCCAAUAUUAUUUUUUAUCUGGAGGAAUGGCUUCUGAUGGAGGAAAAAUAUUGUUUCCUGUAACAGGAUUAAAAAGAGAGAUAUAUGAUUUAUAUUAUAGUCCAUUCGAAUAUGACGAUGCAUUUUCUAUAUUACCUAUUUUGCUUCGUCCUAAAAGUCGUGGAUACGUUAAAUUAAGAAGUGCCAAUCCUUACGAACAUCCGAUUAUUCAACCUAAUUACCUUUCUCAUCCCGAGGAUAUUUUAAAAAUUGUUGAUGCCAUGAGAAAGGCAAUUAUUUUAGGAGAAUCCUUACCUUUUAAAAAGUUGGGUUCACGACUUUUACCCACUGUGGUUCCUGGAUGUGAAAAUUUUCCAAAAUUAAGCAAUAGAUAUCUUGAAUGUGUGGCACGAACACUAACGCUCACAUUAUAUCAGCCUGUUGGAACAUGCAAAAUGGGUGCUAUUGAAGAUCCAACAACUGUGGUUGACCCCGAAUUAAGAGUAAAAGGUGUUUCUGGUCUACGAGUAGUCGAUGCUUCUAUAAUGCCAAAUAUCGUCUCAGGAAAUCUCAAUGCACCUACCAUUAUGAUAGCUGAAAAGGCUGCAGAUAUGAUACGAAGAAGUAGAUCAUUUUGA